AUGGCUGCUGCUACCACUGCUGCUGGGCCGACACAAGACAAGAUCUUUACCUUCACAAUUACAGGAGAUAAUGGAAGUGUGCAGACGUUCACACAGACGGCCGAUACCACUGACUUUGCCUCAGCCACCGACACUGCCGCGGCAUCUUCCGAAUCCGAUUUCACUCAAACAUCUGCAGCUGCAAGUGCGGUUCAGGCUAGCGAGACGGUGCUCAGCAGCGCUACAAGCCCCAACGUCGUUUCUGCGACCACCGUAUUCGCCUAUCCGGUCACUGUCAAUGGCAGUCCAACGACUCUCUUGGCCACUGUCACCUUCAACUCGACUCGGGGGGCACAAUCAUCGAUAGGGUCAGGUCUAGCAGCCUCGUCUUCCACCGAAAGUGUAUCUUCGGCAUCGCCGACGCCGACACCGUCACCUCAACCAGCUAGCGGACUAAGUCCUGGGGCUAGCUGGAGUUGUCAUUGGUGUAUUACUCGCCCUGCUGAUCUGUUCAGGUGCAAUAUUUUGGUGGACUCGGCGGAAGAGGCGAUCAAAUAG